CUCUGGUUGCAGCUGCAAGACUUCCUCAACUUCCAUCCAUUCCAUUCCUUUCAUCCUUCCGCAACUUCCUCCCAAGGAAGGAGACAGUUGCGCCCCCUGGUGACCAGAUGGAACCGUGGGCACCUUGGUCUUCCAGGCAGCCUUGAUAAGGCUACUCAAAUGGAGUAGGAAAAGGGUUAUAGUUGCUGCGUAUCUGUUUAAGUGUUAUUCUUGUGCAUUUUGCUUUUAAACAACAACAAAAAAUGCAUCCAGUACCAUGAGCCCGUAAUCGCUGAUAUUAUUGAAUACAAAGCUGAUUUUUAAGCAGUUAACAGUAGUUCAAAGAAAAUGUUAAAUACAUAAUGCACAAAUUACAGCAAAAAUUACGAUAGCAAACGGGCCUGGUGUUUCAUGCCUGCAGUACCAGGACAUGGGAGGUAGGACUGUGAGUCUUUUAAAAAAAAAAUGAAGGUAGUAAGAUGGUACUCAAAAUCACAAAAAAAGGAAGUUUCAAAAGGUCAAAGGGAACGUUCAUGUACUCUUUGAUUUUAUGUGUGGACUUGACAGGUGUUUUAAAUGAAAUUAACAUUUAAAUAAUUGAAAUAGCAUAAUGCAGAUUGCCCCCACAUAAUGUGAAUGAGCUCAUCCCCAUCCAUUGAAGGCCUGAACAGAACAACCAACCAGCAUCCUUGAGCAAGAGGAAAUGCUCCUGCAGACACCCUUCUGACUUCAAUUGCAUCUCUGUUGCUCCUGAGUCUCCACACUGCUGCAGAUUUUGGGGCUUGCCCAAAUUGCCUUCAGCGUUUCCUCCUUGCCCUCAUACCGGAUCCCUUGGCUGACAAGUUCCUAAGUACAACUCCUCACUCCUCUUGGACGAGAGCAAUAUAGUGGAAUAGAGCUGGAGCUGUGAGCGUGAAUCAGGAGAGCUGGUGUGCUGACUUGGGCCUUGGAGAGCCUGUCACAACAUCUUCGUCCUCUCUUGAGUUCCAUAGCAUCUGUAUGAAAAGAUGCUUCACUGGAUGAUGUCUACGGUCUUCACCAGAGAUUCACCUGUAUUUGCCAGAAUGCCUCAACUUCUUAACAGCAUACUCAAUGUGAGUAAGGUAUUCCAGAAAUAUGCUGAACACCAUGGGGAAUGCACUUCACUGAGCAAGAUGGAGUUGAAGCAGCUGCUUCUCACUGAGUUUGGAGACAUCCUUCGGAGACCGAAUGACCCAGAGACUGUGGAAACCAUUCUGGAACACUUGGACCGAGACAGAAAUGGAUAUGUUGAUUUUCAUGAAUACCUCUUGUUGGUGUUCCAAUUGGCCCAAGCCUGCCAUCAUAAGCUAGAUAGUAAGCUGUAUGGAGGCAGAACCUCCUCCCAGAAAGAACGGGAUCAGAAAGGAACACAGAGCCGUAAGUUUUCAGAAAACACAGGCAGACAACAUAGGCAGAAUUCUCACAACAGUCAGUCUGAGGGACAAAGUCAGGAUGUCCAACAUGAUCAGUCUCAGAAACAAGAUAAGAACUCUCACUACGGUCACUCUGAGAGACAUGGUACAGACUCUCACCAUGGUCAGUCAGAGAGACAAGAUAGGGAUUCCCACCAUGGUCAGUCAGAGAGAUUCCAUGGGGACUCCCACUAUGGUCAUUCUGAGAGAGAAGACACAGAUUAUAGCUCUGAUCAGUCUGAGACAGAUGAUCAAUACUCUAGCUCUGGUCAAAGAUUGAGUUAUAAAUCUAGCAAUGACCAGGCCAAAAGUCAAGGAUAUGUCUUUGCCUUAAAUCAGUCUAAGAACCCAGCUCAGGUUUCUCAUUACGGCCAGUCUAAAACAUUUGGACGACAAAGCAGCCGUGGCCAGUCUGGAAGGCUCCGACAAGAUUCUUAUUCUAGUCAAACCAGUCAACAAGAAUCUGGUUCUUAUGAACAAUAUGGAAGGCAGCAUCAGAAAUCAGGCAACAGUCAGACAGACAGACCGGCCCAGAAUUCUCACAAUAGCCAGCCAGACAAACAAAGACAUAGUUUCCAACAUGAUCAGACAGAUGGACAAAGCCAGAGUUUCCAUUAUGGACAGAUGGAUAAGCAAGGCCAGAAGGGUUUCCAACAUGGUCAGAUAGAUGGACAAGGCCAGAGUUCUCAUGACCAGACAAAGAGCAAAGGCCAAAAUUUUCACUGUGGUCAGAAAGGUAGACAAGGCCAGAGUUCUCACCAGGGUCAAUCAGACAAUGAAGACCAACAUUCAAGCUGGCAUCAGACAGACAGAGAAGGCCACAGUUUUCAUUUUGACCAGACAGGCAGACAAGGCCAGAGUUCUCACCAGGGUCAAUCAGACAAUGAAGACCAGAGUUCAAGCUGGCAUCGGACAGACAGAGAUGGCCAUAGUUUUCAUUAUGAUCAGACAGGCAGACAAGGCCAGAGUUCUCACCAGGGUCAGUCAGACAAUGAAGACCAGAGUUCAAGCUGGCAUCGGACAGACAGAGAUGGCCAUAGUUUUCAUUAUGAUCAGACAGGCAGACAAGGCCAGAGUUCUCACCAUGGUCAGAAAGGUGGACAAGGACAGACUUCUCACCAGGGUCAGAAAGGUGGACAAGGACAGACUUCUUACCAGGGUCAGAAAGGUGGACAAGGGCAGACUUCUUACCAGGGUCAGAAAGGUGGACAAGGACAGACUUCUUACCAGGGUCAGAAAGGUGGACAAGGACAGACUUCUUACCAGGGUCAGAAAGGUGGACAAGGACAGACUUCUCACCACGGUCAGAAAGGUGGACAAGGACAGACUUCUUACCAGGGUCAGAAAGGUGGACAAGGACAGACUUCUCACCAUGGUCAGAAAGGUGGACAAGGACAGACUUCUUACCAGGGUCAGAAAGAUGGACAAGGACAGACUUCUUACCAGGGUCAGAAAGGUGGACAAGGACAGACUUCUUACCAGGGUCAGAAAGGUGGACAAGGACAGACUUCUUACCAGGGUCAGAAAGGUGGACAAGGACAGACUUCUUACCAGGGUCAGAAAGGUGGACAAGGACAGACUUCUUACCAGGGUCAGAAAGGUGGACAAGGACAGACUUCUUACCAGGGUCAGAAAGGUGGACAAGGACAGACUUCUUACCAGGGUCAGAAAGGUGGACAAGGACAGACUUCUUACCAGGGUCAGAAAGGUGGACAAGGACAGACUUCUUACCAGGGUCAGAAAGGUGGACAAGGACAGACUUCUUACCAGGGUCAGAAAGGUGGACAAGGACAGACUUCUUACCAGGGUCAGAAAGGUGGACAAGGACAGAGUUCUCACCAGGGUCAAUCAGAUAGUGAAGACCAGAAUUCACAGUGGCAUCGGACAGACAGAGAAGACCACGGUUUUCAUUUUGAUCAGACAGGCAGACAAGGCCAGAGUUCUCACCAGGGUCAGACAGGCAGUCAAGACCAGAGUUCAAGCUGGCAUCGGACAGACAGAGAAGGCCACAGUUUUCAUUUUGACCAGACAGGCAGACAAGGCCAGAGUUCUCACCAGGGUCAAUCAGACAGUGAAGACCAGAGUUCAAGCUGGCAUCGGACAGACAGACAAGGCCAGAGUUUUCAUUAUGAUCAGACGGGCAGACAAGGCCAGAGUUCUCACCGGGGUCAAAUAGACAGACAAAACCAGAGUUCUCACUGUGGUCAGUCAGAGACUGGGAAAACUGAACUUCAAGGGCAAAACAGGUACUUCCAAGGAACUGAUAAAACAAGGAGAGAUUCAUAUGUUGAGCAAUCUGGAAGGUCAGGAAAACUAAGUCAACAGACUUCAGGAGAGGGAGUGAAUCAAACCCAGAGACAGAGAUUCCAGGAUAGAAGGGAGCAGCAAACUCACCACCAGGCAUGGAAACCUGAAGAAGAUAAUCAACACAAACUCUUAGCUCAGAUACAGCAAGAAAAGCCAUACUCCCAUAAUGAGUAUGACUGGCAAUCCCAGAGUAGUGAGGAGGGCCACUGGGCAGAGGAAGUGCAUCAUCAAAGCUGGGAUAGGCACAGUCUUGAGGAUCAGGAAAAUCUAUAUGAGGUGCAGAACAGGCAAACCCAUGAAGAUGAAAAAAGCCAUCAGACAAGGGAUAGGCAAACCCAUGUAGAUGAGCAGAAACAGCAAAGACAACACAGGCAAACUCAUGAAGAAAAUCAAGGUCAUCAACAUGGUAGACAAACCCAUGAAGAUGAGCAAAGCCAUCAGAGACAAGACGAAAAUCAAAAUCAUCAUCAACAGUGGGAUGAACAAACUCAUGAAGAAAACGAGAGGUUUCAAGGAUCCCAAGACCAACCCAGGAGCUUCCCCAACAAAGAAAAAUUCCACAUGAAUGAAGAGGACCAGUGCCAAGGAUCCCAGGAAAGACAUUUCCAUCCAACCCAUGGUGGUGAGAGGUCCCAAAGAAGAGAGCAACACAGAAACCACCCUACCAAAACAGCUAAUUCCCCCAACCCCCUCUAUGACUAUGUACGAGAGCAAGCAGCUUAUCAAUACUAGGCUGCCUGAGCAGCAGAGGUAACAUAGCUUGAAUCUAAUGAAGAAACCUACAUGUCCAUUCACCUUUGCUUCUGUUUAAAAGGGUCAAGCUGUAUGUCAUCCUUCUCUUUUUCAUCUAUCUAUGAGAAUGCUUCUGAAGACUAGUCUAGCACCCACUUUUUGAAAUUUCAAUUCCUUGAGUAGCAAUUCUAGGGUUAUUUGGUUGGGUGGAGUAAAUUAGGUGAACUAACCAAUCUUCAUUUUGAUCACUUUGUAGAUUUAAAUCAUUCCUAGUUUGUUUUCAGUUUAGGUGAUACUUGGUUGAAUCAUUGAAUGGCAGAAAAUUCUCCCUAACGUUUAGAAACAGGAAAAGGUACAAUGGAGACUUAUACUACGUUUGAAGGAAAGGAUUUUGGACUUUGAUGAGCUUUGGCUGCUGGAGA